UAGUUUAGCUUCCAUCGACUAGCUCCUAGUAUUUUAGAUACUCUGUCUUCUCUUUAAAGCUAAUUGAAGAGACCCCUCAUUGCCAAAACUCUCUGUUUUAUCAGUUUCUCUUAACCGAAAUUGCAACGAUAAGUCAUACUCGCGGUUUAAUUCAGAACUCUUGGUUUGGGUGAGAAAUGGUGUAAAAGAAGGAUAGGUUUCGUUUUAACUCGCAGAUUGAACAAGGAUAUGAAGAGGUACCUGGAAAACUCGAAGUAUCUGCCUAAGCUUAGCAAUGAGAUACCAAACCAAAGAAACUCAACUUACAAAGAUCGUUUCACCAGUUUACACAAUCUGGUUCUUGUCAAGUUUCAGAACGAAACGAUUAUCAUCCCAAAUGACUCAACUUGGUUCGGGUUUUACCCGGAUGGUCAGGUCGAACCCGUUCUCCCGGCUAACAAGACAGCGCUCUACACCGAGGAUUGGAUCGGAUUGAAAACAUUGGAUGCGGCUGGAAAAGUGAAGUUCGUGAGUGUACCAGGUGGACAUCUCGAAAUGGCAGAUCAUGAUGUCCUCAAAUACAUCGUCCCGUAUCUUCAGAAUCAAUCUUAGAGAAAAGACCCCAAUCAGCUAUACUAAUUUAUGCAAUAUCAAAAAAAAAGCUUAGUGAUGAUUGUAUUCCGUAUCUUUAGAAUCAAUCUU